CAUCGCAGCCUCGUGGGUACGGAUACAUGGAGAAAACUUCAACUGGUUCUGAAAGGUUUCAUAUCCAGAUUGAAGAGCAAGCUCGUGCUACAGCAGCCACCCAGGAGCGAAACUCUCAGCUCAGCCAGCAGGUCAACGAAUUACAAGAUCAACUACAAGCUGAACGUGCAAACACACAAGAGAGGAUUAACUUGGAGCGUGCUGAGAGAGAACAACUUGAGGAGAGGUUAAAAGAAGAGCGUGCUGAAAGGGAAAGAUUGUUGCAAGAGGAGCGAACAUCAAGACUGGAAUUUGAAAAAAACAUGAUGGCAAAGUUUGUAGAAUUGAGCCAACAGAUGGGAACCCAACAGGUGCCUACGAAGAGGGUUGACAACAAAGAAAAUAGUAAUCCAAACUUGCAAAAUAUUCUGUUACAGAGAUCUAGUCCUAAUAAGACUUCAGGUUCAAGGCCAACUGCUAUUUCUUCAAAUGCGCUCAUACAAGCUGCAGCAAGGAAUUCUCGAAUGUUUAAAGGAAUGGCAAGUCACAACCUUGCUUUCUCUUCAUGUUCACCUGCAUUUUAUAGGUCAUUAGCCUUCAUAAUUAGCUAGUUGCUUGUUCUCUUU